GUCAUUAACAUAAUGUAAUGUACUGUGUUAGCUUAUAGUGAUAACGAAUGAUGCAUAAUUUGGAGAAGGGUUUGUCAUACGAUAUUCAAUUGUGUUUGUCUUACAUUUUAUUUUUCUUUUUUGAUAAGAAUCGUUCUAUCAAUAUAAUGUUACUAUACGAUAUGAUAAGGAAUUGUCAUUUUCCUGCAAUUUUUUAAUAAGCUGUCAUUUGUUUUUUUUUUAUUAUAUAAGCAACAUUGUGAUUAUGGUUCAAUUAGUUUUCAUUGUUUAUUUGUGUAAUUUAUUCUACUCAUUUCUUCUACGUGCUCAUUCACGAUAGAUAUUUGGACAUUUUAUAAAUAAUAUUUCGAAGAUAGAAUGAAAGUGAAUAAAGAAUACAACCUACUGCUGUCGUGUUACCUUGAUUUAUAGUCUGUGCAUAAGGUCAUAUUGUUAAUCCAUUCGUGUUACUUGGAAAACAAAAAUAUACAAGCAAGCAGACUGUAACUUUACCUACCGACACUUACUCUAAUUUUUACCAAAAAAAAAAAAAUAAGGCAUAUUGCACAUUUAUAUAUAUAUAUAUAUAUUUCAUAGUGUAUGUGUCUUUGCAAUAACGUUAACAAAAUGAGCGAAUGGUGUAGAAUAUUUGGUUUAUUACUACGUAAGAAUUUCAUAGUACGAUUAAUGCAUUGGAAAGUGACCUUAUUCAUUCAAAUACUAUUGCCUAUAGUAUUGUUCGCUUUAAUGCAAGCCUUAAGAGAUCUUAAUUCAGAUCCACCAUUAGUCAUUACAACAGAUACUUAUUAUCCUUUAAAGAGCGAAGAUCAAUUGUUAGAUAAUGUCAAGAGAAGUUUCAUUAAAAUAUAUUUUGUACCGAAUGAUCCAUCUACUGAAGAAUUUAUGAAAUCAACAGCUUGGUGUUUACAACAUACAGAAAAAUUUGUUGGAUUUGCAACAGAGGAAGAUAUGCUUGAUGCUUACACGAUUAAUCAAAUUCAAAAUAGAUUUGACGAUGUUUUGGCAAUUGUUAUAGAUAAAAAUGAAGAAGGGAAAAAAUUCAAAUAUAAAAUAAGACAUUCUACGCGAAUUCCUUCCCAAUUAUAUACAGAUAUGUCUUAUUUGAAUAUAGAACACAGUUAUCUUGAACAAAUUCCAUUUGUACAAUUACAAAUGUGUAUUGAUAGAACUUUUAUAAACAAGACUACUAAUUCAUUUCAACCAAAGAUUUUCAUACAAAGAAUGCCCUAUCCUCCAUAUAUUAAAACAAAUGAGAAUGACAAAGUAUUGCGACAAAUAAUUUUAGUAUUUGCUGUUGCCAUAUUUUUAAUGCCACUCUGCGUAGAAAUUAAUUAUACAGCUAGAGAAAAGUUCAUUGGUGUUAAUACAUUAAUGGCAAUGAACGGAGUGAAAUUGUAUCAAAAUUUAUUAAGCUGGCUUACCACUGGCUGUAUUUUCAGUAUCUUUUAUAUUAUACCGUUAAUAGUAUUAUUUAAAAAUACAUUCUCUAAUCAUGUUAAUCCAUAUUUAUAUUAUAGUGAUGCAUUUUUAUUUUGGAUAUUAAUGACUAUACACAUUAUUCAUCUUAUUUCAUUUGGUAUGCAUGUUGCAGCAUACUUUGCUAAACCUGUUUUUGUGAUUAUAAUUUUAUCAGUUAUAUAUAGUGCUUCGUCUUCUCUUUACGAAAAUUUGGUCAAAGAAAAUAUGUUCAAUUCUAUACCGUAUCUUGGUAUAUUUUUACCAAAUCUUUUAUUGUCAAGAUUAUUAGAAGAAGUUAAUACAUACGAAACACAGUUAAUUGGAAUUAGAUGGAGCAACAUUUUUAUACCUAGCGAAUCAUCUCAAUACAAUAUUACAGGAAGUACAGGAUUCAUAUUUAUAUUUUCUAUUUUGGGAACUAUAUUUCAUUUUCUAAUGGCAGUUUAUAUAAAUAACUUGCGACCAGGAAAAUAUGGCGUUAAGAAACAUCCAUUAUAUUUUCUACAGUGCAUUAGAAAAAAUAAAGUGUCGUUAGACGAAGAAGCAGAGGAUUAUGAUUACGAGGAAUUAAGUGGUGAAGAUUUUGAAGCUGUUUCUAAAGGUGUACUUACACCUGGUAUUCAAAUUCGUGGUCUUAAAAAAGUUUACAACACCGGUUUAUUGCGUAAAUCUUUGGUACAUGCAUUAAAAGGAGUAUCUAUAGAUUUUUACAAAGGACAAAUAACUGCACUGUUAGGACAUAAUGGUGCUGGAAAGACUACUCUUAUGUCAAUAAUAACAGGCGUUACAGCUGAGACUGAAGGAAAAAUUUUUAUAAAUGGGAAAAAUUUGAAAAAUCAUUUGAGUGAGAUUAGAAACGAUUUAGGUCUAUGUCCUCAAGAAAAUAUUGUUUUUCCAGAUUUAAAUGUGUUCCAACAGAUUGAAUUCUUCGGUUUGUUAAAAAAUAAACAUAAAACACGAGUUGAAAUCAAACGCAAUGUUGAGAAUUUGCUUGCUAAAUUAAAAUUAAGUGAAAAACGAAAUUGUCUUCCCACCAAAUUGUCUGGUGGUCAAAAGAGACGUGUUUGUCUUGGAAUGGCACUCAUUGGUGAUGCUAGUACAUUCAUUUUGGAUGAACCAACAUCCGGUAUGGAUCCUGAAACGAGAAGAGACACUUGGGAAAUGUUAUUGAAAAUGAGGGGUAAAAAGACAAUAAUAAUAAGUACACAUAAUAUGGAAGAAGCUGAUAUACUUGGUGAUAGAAUUGCCAUUGUACAUGGUGGUCUUUUAAGAAGUUAUGGUACAUCAAUGUUUUUGAAGAAACAGUAUGGUCAUGGAUUCGUAGAAGUUACGUUAUCUAUUAAAUCAUGGUGCAAUCCGGAGAAAGUUGUUAAUAAGUUUGAUUUAGGAACACAAAUUAAUAUUGAAAAUGACAAAAUUAUUUUAAGUGUACCGUAUACGGAAAAUUUACCAGAUUCCUUGGAUCAAAUUGAAAGAGAAAAGAAAACAUUAGGUGUAACUGGAAUUAAUGUAUCAUUGAUUACAUUGGAACAAGUAUUUUUGAAGAUUAUUAAAAAGGAUGAAAGUGAAAAUGAUCUCUCAGAUCUUUCUACACCUGUACAGAAACUUCAAGGUAAUCAAUUGAUUAUACAGAGAUGUUUGGCAUUGUUUAAUAAAAAAUAUAUAUACGCUACCAAAAAUCUAGGCAUCUUAUUUAUAAUCCUAUUUCUACCUUUGGUUUCUAUUUUUUUCAUGGUUCUAAGUUAUAAGAAUCCUUCUGAAUCGUUAGAAAUAACGCCUUUAACGCUCAACAUGUAUAGAAAUCCCAAGGCAUUUUAUUCUUCCGAUAAUAGCGAUUAUGGUAAUGGAUAUAAGGAAAUAAUUGAGAAAUUCUGGGGAACUGCUAUUAAUGUUGCAACUGGAAGCAUUUUUAAAGAGCUAUUAUCAUUUGGUAGAAAGGAUAUAGCAGAUUAUCAUAAUCAUGUAGUUGUAUCUGCUGAAUUUAAUAGUACGAAUAAUUCAGAAAUAACUGCCAAUGGUUUAUAUUCUGGAACGAUGAUGCAUAGUUUACCCCUGACAAUGAAUAUUUUGUCAAAUACCAUUCUUCGUAAUGCAACUGGGGAUAACAAAUAUUCCAUCGAAAUAUCUAAACAACAAUUACCCAAUUCAAUUUCUUCGUAUGAAAUGGAACCACUUUCACGAGUGUUAACACUUUGUUCCUUUUUAUUUCCUACUUUAGCAUUAUUUGUUAUUCAUCCGUUACAAGAAACGUCUACUAAAGUUAAACAGUUACAACGUAUGACUGGAGUUACGUCUGUGUCGUAUUGGCUCACCAUGUUUCUUUUCGAUUUUCUAAUUUGCAUAAUAUCCUCAUUGUUCAUUACAUUAGGAUUUUGCAUAAUGGAUAUUAUAUUAGAUAUACGUUUAUAUCGUCAAACAGAAAUAUUAUUAACAAUAUUAUUGCUAGUAAUCGUUGGUUUAAAUUGUAUAUUUAUAUCAUACAUAUUUAGUUUCCUUAACAAAUCAAGAAGUACUGUAAUAACUAUUUUAAGUAUUACACCUAUUGGAAUUGUUUUCAUACAAUAUUUGGUAUUUACAAUACUGCAAGAUUAUGAAACGAUGCAAAUGAUUUUACAACGAUUAUUCUUUUUAAUACCAUAUAUAAGUUUCUUCCACGGGGAAUUGUUAUUCCUAACCGUGGCUGUAAAAAAUGCAAAUUGUCGACGUUUAUCAAGUAAAAUUUUACAGCAACAGUGUAAAAAUGGAAUUUAUACUCCAUGUUGCAACAUGGAUUGUGUAGAUGGUGUUUGUAAUAAGCCUAUGCCAUAUAUUGGAAAUUUUGAAAAGGCCUUUCAGUUAGAGGAAACUAUUCUAUACUUAUUUUUAACACCUGUGAUAUAUUUUGCUAUUCUUAUUAUGCUGGAGGAGAGAAUUUUUGUAAGAUUGUUUAAUAAAUUACUUAGCAAAAUACGUAAAUCGUCGUCAGCAAUGGGAUGGAUGACAUUACAGAUGGAUGAAGAAGUAAAAAAGGAAAAACAUGCGGUUGCAUUAGAGAUCAGUAAAAUUACUAGUCAAAGUAAAAGGAACAGUGUACAUUAUAAUGCCAAUGGAAAUUCAGUUGUUGGUUACUCGCAAAUUCCUGAAUCUGAGAACAGUUUGUUCUUAGUAUACGAAUUAAGUAAAUCUUAUGGAAAAUUAAUGGCCGUAAAGGAAGUCAAUUUUCGAGUUAAGAAGCAUGAAUGUUUUGGAUUGCUUGGUGUUAAUGGUGCUGGAAAAAGUACUACGUUUAGAAUGUUGACUGGAGAAGAAACACCUAACAGUGGUACCAUGUAUUUAAAACAAGCGGAAAUUUAUUCCAAUCGUCAAGCUUAUUUAGCAGAAAUGGGAUAUUGUCCGCAAACGGACGCAUUGAUCAAUUCUUUGAAUUCGUUUGAUCAUUUGAGAUUGUUCGCAAGACUUCGAGGCAUACCACCAAAUAAAAUAGAUUUGGAAGUUAAUAAAUGGAUAGUUAGAUUGAAUUUGAAAGCAUGUGCGGUACAACCUAGUGGAACGUACAGCGGUGGUAAUAAAAGACGUUUGAAUAUAGCAAUGGCAUUAAUUGGCAGUCCUACAUUAGUUUUAUUGGAUGAACCAACGACAGGAGUUGAUCCAGCAGCUAGAAGAUCAUUGUGGACUGUAAUACAAUCUUGUCAAGCAGUAGGACAAUCUUUUAUACUCACAUCUCAUAGUAUGGAAGAAUGUGAAGCUUUGUGUAAUCGAUUGGUCAUAAUGGUACAAGGACAAUUGGUUUGUAUUGGAGCUAGUCAAGAACUUAAACAAAGAUUUGGCGCUGGUUUUGAUAUUCUUAUUAAAUUAAAUCCAAAUCGAUCAGAGGAAGAUGUUACAAUUAUAAAGAAUACUAUUGAAUCCCUUCUAACUUGUGAAAUUAGGGAUGAAAAUUUGGGAUUUAUUGCUUACCACGUGACCGAUCCUACAACAACUUGGACUAAAAUGUAUAGCACUAUGAACGAUUUGAAAAAUCGAUUUGAAUGUAUAGAAGAUUAUUCUGUACUUUCGGCGACACUCGAGCAAUUAUUUAUUCAAUUUGCAAGAGGCAUAACUAUGCCUAAUUACGAUAAUUCGCCAAGGGAAAGCAGUAGCCAACCAAAUAACGAAUAAUUGCGACUUAACUAUUAUAUGUGAUAUAUACUAUAUAUAUAUAUAUAUAGUCAAGUAAAUAAAUAAAUUAUAUUUCAUAAAUCUAUUUAUAUGAUGGUCGGUACUGCUGUUAUACGUCGUCCAUCGUGAUAAUAAGCUUGACAGUGUUGUAAUAAAAUUAAUCACAAACACGAAUACACCUAUAAUUACGGCACAUUUAUUAAUGCGAACAGAGAACAUACAUUCUGUUUAUGUAUACAAAACUUGUGUACAUAAUAAAUAUAUAUAUAUAUAUAUAUAUAUACUUUUGUAUAAUCUUAGAAAGAAUUUACUUAUGUUUCAUUAAAAAAAUGUAUUUAUCAAAAAUGAUAAUGGUGUGUUUCACAAUAAUGAUUUGUCGAUAUAUUAUAGAUGUAAGCUCUAGUGAUUCACAUUUGAAAAAUUUACGAUUGUCAUAUCGUAAAUUCGAUUUCGCUUAUGAAUUUAGAACGAAGCAGUUUAUAAUGUAUGAAGAAUGUAAUAGAAAAAGGGGAGUAUCUUCCUUGUAUGAAUACAAAGAAAAAAAAAGGAAUUAAAAAUAAUAUAUAUAUAUAAUAGCAUAAACGAUAAAUUGUUAUAUACAUAGAUCCGCUUAAGAAUGCAUUCGUUGCAAUAAAACGAGCUUACUAGCGGA